AUGCGUCGAUCACUGACUUUAUGGAUUUCGAAGUUGUGGAGGCCACAUGCCGAGCAUAUUCAGUCGUUAAUAGCACGUUCUGUGAGUGAACCGCGAGAGCUCCAACAGGCUCGGACGUAUCUGCACGAACUGAAAUUCGAGCAGUCCAUUGAGGAGGUGGAUGAUGCAACAGACCUGCUCUAUUUCAUGCAUCGCGUAUCGUAUCCCGCAGAGAGCCACCUCGAAAUGAAGGUGGGUGAAUUUCUUUCAAAAUGCGCGCCGCAGGUUUGUGGCCAGCACAUUUUAGCGAUCGGCAAGCGGAUUCAGGAGGAGCCGGGCUCUGGGCCACUGUGGUCACGUGUUGUGUUUGAGCGUGGGUGGUUCACAAGCAGUGUUGUGGCUAUGCUCAGUACCAUGACGCUGGAGGAACACCUCACACUUUGUGCUUCAUAUUGGCACUCUCUGCUUCCCACGCCACAAAGUCGCUGCGGUCGCCAGCUUGUGUCGGGUUCGUUUGUAGCAGUGUCAACCAGACUAGCCGCACUGACAGCGCAACGCAUUGAAGGGUGCGGUGAUAACCGCCCUUGUGCGGUUUGCUUGUGCGCCAAACUCGGGAUAUUUUUGCGCGGUGAUACCUUCGCCGAACUUCGUGCGGUUACCCUUUCCAUCACCCGAGAGAUGCUGAGCGCCGCACAGGUGUUGGAGGUGGCGAACGUUCUCGCAACGCGCCGCUCCGCGGAGACUGCCAACUCGGAGUGGCUAGUUGCGCUACAGGAGGCUCUAUGUCGUCGGAGGACUGGCGAGGUUGAGGCCGCACACGCAGUUGGGUUGCUUCAUUCUAUGGCGGUGCUUAAUGAGACAACUCUCAGUGAAAUGUUUGAGGACUUACUGCUACAGCUUCUUCCGGGAAUGUCACAAGACGAAAUUUUGAAAUGCUGCGAAAGCCUUUCCACGCUUUCUGGUACGGCUCCCCGUAUUCGUACUGAACUUCAUCGUACGCUAUGCACCAUGGCUGUGGCUGGGGCGAAAGGGAAAAAUUUUGUGGACAAAGCUGUACCGUGGCGGCUGCGUUGUUUGUCAAUGGUAGCACCACAGGAGGCCGGUAAGUUACUUGGACGGUUCGAAGAAAACAUACAGGAUGCGGAAGCGUCACUUUCACCCUCCGACACAAGGGACCUCAUCCGCGCCAUGCGUUCAUUGCGGGUGUUUCCACCGCGUGCCGUCACUCUUUGUAAGGCAUCUUAUCUUGCUAACCCACUACAAUCCUUCAACCAGCAGGAUGCGGUUUACAUGAUGUAUGCAGGAGCGCGCACGGGUGAAAGUGCCACAAGCGCUUUUUUUAAAGAGGUAGUUAAUCGCUUCACGACGGUUCGUAAGUUCGAUCGUCGCAAGAGUGGUCCACACCAGACCAGUGUAUUAACAGCUGAGUUACUGGAAAUGGUUUUGCAAGCACUUCAGAUUGCAAAAGGUAGAAGUCUUCUCGACGACGCCCGAGUUUAUGCGGUCCUUCGUAGGACGCUGGAGCAGCUGCAGCGUGAGGGGUCCCUAUCAACAGAAGCUAACAUUCGUCUGUUGAGGUUGCUGGCGGGCUUAAAUGUUGGGAACGCAUCGCUACCGACGGUUCUGCUGACCAACGUUUCAAGGGCCCUCACCAGUCUGACGUCUGCGGACGUUCGAGAACUUUGUGAAGUGCUUGUCGCCCUAAAAUCUCGCGACGUUUUGAUGUUUCGUGCGCUUCUCGAACACCUUGGCCGCUGCGGUCCCGAUCGCACGAGUCUCACUGCCAUAGCCGUGGCUGCACGGAAGCUGAAGUUCGUGACAUACUUCCAGCAAUCCGGAUUGCUACAGAACCUGACAUCCCUCGAAGGAUGGAGCGUAUCGGAUAUUGUGCUCAUUGCUGCCACUUGCAGUGAAAAUCGACGCGCGGGGUUUCUCGCGCUUCCUGGUGCGGAUGUCCUGGCCCAGGCGCAAGCAGAGGACCUGACAACGCUUGAUCUAUUUUUGAUAAUAUCCAUUGUAGCUGAUGCGAGGAAGCAACUUCUUUCAAUGGCUUCGGCGCUUAGCAAACGCCAACCGCUUGGUGCCAACGACCUGGAGGCAGAAGAUGCACUUAGGGCGAUUGUUAAUGUCGUGGACGAUAAGGAUGCGCUUGCCGCUGUUUGUCGUUCAGCGACCUCUGCGUUACAAGCCAUGGACGAAAAUAUGUUGAUGCGCACGCUUGAGGCGGUUAGGCGAGCACCUGAACUCCCUAACGUUUUUUUUCGAGUUGUGGGAAGGUGUGUCUUGCGUCUCGCCAACAGCAUGACCGCUGACAAUGCUAUUCAAUGGCUGGAGUUGUAUGUUAAGCACAGCAUACGCGACGAUAGCGUGGGGAAGGCGCUUCUUUCAAAAGCCCGCACGCGUAGUAGUAAUUGCGCGGACUUAACAGAUAAGUCAAUUCGAAAAGCUGCUGCAAUGUAUGGUAAGUCGUACGCCUUGCACUGCAAGUUGAAGAAGAACAAGGAAAAACCUGAAUGGCGGUCCUUUGAAGUAGGUUAA